UAAAACGAAGCUGACCAGUUGACUUUUCAAUUCCAACGCCUCCAGAUGCUUUGCCACCGAAAAAAUGUCCCAGCCGCCACGCCUACCUCCUCGAAAACCAUCACCACUCCCACAAGCCAUUACUAUAACCCCAGCGUCUGCACUGACCACACCGCCUCCCUUGCCUCCUCGACCGACAACAGCAGGUAGUGUCAGCCGGGAAUCUCCGCCCCCACCUAUACUCAUAGGCGAAUCUGUGGCAACAGCUUCAGAAGGUACUCCACAACUAUCCGAAGAGGUUCCACGUGUUCAAGUGGCUAUCACCCCCGCUAGCCCUGAUGAAGAACCAAACGCUUCAAAUGUUCUCGAGCAAGCGAGUCAAAGGUUGUCCAACGCGUCGAACGGAGAUUUAACAGUCAAUGGGGCUGGAAACCGUGAUGCAGGGCCAAAAGCAGCUGCUGGCAAUGAUCUCCUCAAUAACGAUCCCAUCAACGAAGGGCAGGCUUCAUCAACGAACGCUUCGUUAUUCUCGCCUAACAAAGGCAUGCCGCCCGCAGCGGCUCCGUCAAGUCGAAACAGUUCACAUAUCCCUCUAGCACUGUCUUUAUUAAAGAAAGCACUUUCCUCUGGCCUUAAAGAUCUACCCGCAAUGUCAGGUACCGAACGGGCCAUUUUCACCACCAUCUUGGUCCUUCUCGCGCACUGCGGAUUACCCCUAACAUGGCUUAUGGUGGCAGCCUUUGGGGGCUAUCGUUUACUAUCCCAGCUGGAUGGGUCCUUACCCCCUCCCACCCAUGAUGCGAGUAUUCAGGAGCAGAAGGAGAAGAUUAUGCAGACUGGAGAUGGUGUGGAAGCUGUUAGCUGGGUAAACCAUGCACUCUAUGCUCUGUUCCCACUGAUCUCGACGGACGUGUUGACUCCGUUUGUUGAUCUGCUUGAAGAUGCUCUCGUUGAGGAAGUACCGCCCAUCGUUACAAGUGUCCGCCUUACAUCCCCUGCCCUAGGCUCUCAACCUCUUGUGCUCACCUCGCUCCGACCAAUGUCGGACAAGGAAUGGUUCGCCUCCCUGUCCUCAUCUGUCACAAAAUCAGACCAAAAAACAGGCGACAAAACCCACUCAUCGUCCGCAGAAAAAGCCCCCGCAUCCCCUGGUGCUGAACCCCUCAAGAGAGCACGACACAGCCGCCAAACUCCUUCUACCAGCUCAUCCAACUUGAUCAAUAACGGUAAACCCCCUCCUACCCAAUCAACUCCGGAAUACUCUGGCAGUGAUCCCCAGGUUCAGGACGAAGUCCAAAAGCGCCAGAAAAGGGAUCGGCUCUUACACAAAAUCACACAUCGCACACCUAGCAAUCUUUCCACCGAUCAUUCCAAAACCGGUCAAAGCCCAGAGACAAAUACAACCCAACAACAUCAACCCCAAACUCGAUCGGGAGAUUGUUUGGAGGAUAAAGCGGAUAAGUUUGAUGGACCGAGGAUACAUGGAGGAUGGGAUGAAGAAAUUGAUGAAGAGGAUCCUGACUCGGGGCAGUAUGUGAAUUAUCAAGUGGGAUUUGAAUAUAAGAGAGGAGCGGAGGCUACGCGAAAAGGAAGAGGGCUACAUUGCCUUGCUUAUAUUGGGAUCGGGGUAAAAGGUUUGGGCAAGGCAGAGAUACCGGUCUACAUUGAUGUGCUCUACGUUAAGGGUGUGGUCAAUUUGAGGUUGUUGUUAUCCCCGACGCCACCAUUCAUCACAACAGGUACAUUCACAUUACCCAGUAUGCCGGAAUAUGAUAUCUCUGCGAACCCUUUGAAGAAGGGGGCUUUUAACGCUAUGGAUCUGCCACUUAUGAAACCUUACGUCAAAGCUUCUUUCAAAUCCGUCCUUUCCUCUUUCCUACACCCUCAAUCAUACACAAUGGACAUCGAUCGUCUCCUGCUCGGUGCCGAGUCGUCGAAUCGGACCGAACAUAUCGGUGUACUGCACAUCAUUUUCCACGGGGCUCGUGAUUUGCCAAAGGCAGAUACUGUGGGUAGCUGUGAUCCCUAUUUGGAGGUAGGGUUCGAAAAGGCCAAGAAGCCUGUGUUCAGUACACGGACGAUUGGACGGUCGAUGAAUCCUGUUUGGGAAGAGGAAUGUUUUAUUAUGGUAGCGGCAGAUGCGAUUGAAGUCGGCGAAAGUUUCCGAAUCUGUGCCAACGACUCUGACCGCUUCUCAGCUGACGACACUCUCGGCGUGGUCCUACUCGAUCUCGCCGAGCUCAUCGACUCUUGCCGUCAAGGCAUGACGCACCGAGUCGACCAUUUCGCCGCUGAUCGAGCAGCCAAGAACACGUCAGGUACCUUGGAGUGGUCAGUAGAGUUUUGCCCUGUAUGGCAAAUGUCACCCGAAGAGACAAAGGAGCGUCUCGCCCAGAUGCAGAGGGAGAGGGAGAAGUGUGAGCCGCCAAAGGAUGCCGCAGAGCCGUGGUGGAUAAGAUGGAUGAAGGAUAUGGUGCCGGGACAAGAUGAAUGGGAGUCGGAGAGAAUCAAAAGAAGAACAGAGGCAAAAGCGUGGUUAGGUGGGAAGAAAGACAGGGAGGUGUGGGAAGCAGAGGUGGGUGCUAGUGAGGAGAGGCUGAGUGGAAUACUGCAGUUUCAUAUCCAUCAAUGUCUUGAUCUCGAAGUCGAAUCCACCGCAGGUACAUACGCAACCCAACCUCGCCGCCCUGCUGGCGGUCCUCCAGCACUCGGCCAUGUCACAGACCGCAAUCCUAACGAAAAUAGUGAUCCGCCAUCAGCCUACUGUGAAGUGCAUUUGAACGAUAAGUUGGUAUAUAAGACAAGGACGAAAGAGGUCACACCGAUGCCUUAUUAUAAUGCAGUAAGUGAGAGGUUUGUGAGGGAUUGGACAAAGGGCAAGGUUGUUUUUGUUGUCAGGGAUGCGAGGGAUAGGGAACAUGAUCCCAUCCUUGGCCUAGUUGAAAUUAACCUGUAUGACAUUUUGAAAAAUACCUCCCAAAUUACCCGUUGGUUCCCUCUCACCGCUGGCCUUGGCUGGGGUCGUAUUCGUCUUUCGCUGCUUUGGAAAUCCCUCGAGAUGUAUAUUCCGCGAGGAAUAUCGGGGUAUGAAGUGGGGACUGUACAGAUCAAAAGUUUGGUUUUCACUCCCAUGGACGACAGGCAUGACGAUUUACGGGUCGUCAUAAGAACAGACAGCGAUACACGCAAAGUCCGGCUUGUCAGCGGGGAAAGCGGAAAUAGCAGCGCCGCCCCUGCUGCUUCACCAUCCUCCUCUCGCUUUCCCACUCCACCUUCUUCAACUGAACAAUACACUUUCCCGCCUUCAACCCAUCCUGCUUUGGCAAUUAUGUACCGUCAUUCUUGCGCUAUCCACAUGUCUGUUCAAUCCAGUAAAUCGAAACGACGAGUACUCGGGAAGAUGAAACUCUUGGGUGUAGGUGUGGUGAGGCUGAAUGAUGUGCCUGACGGUGAAGGUUCAAGACGUGUUGCUGUUUGGGAGGGAGUCAAAGGCGAGGCAAGUGAUUGGGAUUUGGACUUCGAUGGAGCGGCGGAUACACCUCUUGAUGAAGAUUCAGGGGAAUUGUUGAACACGUCCGAUUUGACUGAUGUAGACCAGAGCCCGCGUCUCAACUCACAUCCCAACUCCCUUGCCCUUGCUCGUGUAAAAACAAGUACGUCCAAGCGAUCUUCCCGGUCUAUCGCUUCGUCCUCUCGCUCUUCGUCAGGGCAACAUCGUCUUAUAGGAUACAUUGACGUCAGCUGGGUGCUCGCCCCUGGAAUCAGCGCCAUCCACCGAAAGCUUGCAAAGCACGAUCUAAGAUUCGCAAAGGUUUUUGAAGCGUGGGAAUCGGCCCGUGAUGAACAUUAUAUCGUGCACGAAUUGGGUGAUGAGGGCAACGAGAGCGAUAGUGAGAACGGAGAGGGCGAAAAUACUGGGGAGCACGAGUUUGCAGAUCUUCAGGAUGAUAUCGUGGAAGAUAUGUCACCGAGAAAAGCACAUUCACACGCCUUGCAUAAACGACACAAGGGCCUGUUUCAACUCAAAAUUGCUCGUACAGGGAAAUUCGUCAAAGAUAAACUGAGCGCUACAAUGCAUAACGCUACGAACCACGGUAGUUCAAGUGUGCAUGAGGGGUAUGGGCGAAGGAGGGGCGCAGAUCUUGAGGUGGAAAAAGAGGGCCUGUCGAAAUUGUAAAAUUGCUUGUAGCGAAUAAUUGUGCAUAGAUUGCAUUAGGUUUCUGUCAGUAUUUUUGCAUGGGAUAGACCAGUUUGCAAUUCUGUACGACAUACCAAUGGUCUUGGCAGGCCAUGUCAGGCUUCGAUCAGGGGAUGGAUG